GGGAGAUGCUCUUCAUCGGGAAAACCGAAGCUUUGCUGUGUGCGUGCUGAGAGUGGAUGUGCUGCAUCCGGCUGGCAAUGUAGGCGAUGCAAUACGAGGGCCUUCCCUUUGUGGGGCACAGGCGUUUGCGGAACUUCUUGGCGCAUUGGUACGAGCAAGGAUCUCCGCUGAAUCUGCUGGAUGCCUCACCCGAGGCGCCCAGCUUGGAUGAGGAUGCAGGCGAAAUCAAUGAAGAGGCGAUCUUCCUGAAGGACUACUUCCAAUCGCAGGAGAAGGCAUUCCAUAUCUUGCUGAACUUUGUGAGUGAGGUGUCGAUCCAUCUCAAUUACUGGCUGGAUUGGACCACGCCCAUCCACCGACGCCCGCGGUGGGCGCAUCAAUGGGCCAGGAAGUUGUGGCGCAGCUAUCUAGCACUGUUGGGGCGCCGCCGGCCACUGGCCCAGCCCGAACGAGCGGCCGCAGAGUUUGCGCGUCUGAGUGAGGACCUCUGCAGAUUGCUGGCCUUCAUCCAGAUCACCUCCUUCGACCUGCUGAGCUCCGAGCUGGGCAGCCUGGAGGCCCGGACCGAAGCGCUGCGCCGGAGCCUGGCGGGCCUCAAGUGGCAGACGCGGGUGGCGGCCAUCACGGCGGCGCGGCUGAGCCCGGGCGGUACGGCCAUGGUGCCGAGGCGAUCCAUGCGGCAUUCGUGGUUGGGAUCCAUGGGUUCGGAGACGGCCUUGUCGGAACAGGUGGCAGCGCUCAGCGAGAGGAGCGGCGGAUGCGGUCCUGAGGAGGAGCCGAGCACGCGAUAUCCCGGCCGAGAUCAGUUGCGGGAGAGCGAUUUGACCUUCCAGGUCUUGGUCGAGAGCCUGAACCGCUACAUCUGGGAGAGUGGCCAGCUCAGCCACUGGCGCAAGUGGUGGCCGGUCUACGGCUUGGCCUUUCUGGGUGUGCUCGUGGGCGCGUGGCGCUGGCGCCUGGGCGAACGGGAGGUGCGACACGGCUUGGUGCAGCACAGCGCCGAGGUUUGGCGCCAGUUUCUCAACGAAUGGAUCCUGUUGCCAUUCCAGCAGCUCUGGGAAGCCUUGCUGCUACCUGGCCCCAAGGAGGAGUUGCGGGUUCAACUGCGAGACCUUCGCGCAGAGGAGGAGGCGCUGGAGCGGAUGGUCACCAGCUUCGCGCGCUUCGCGCGGGCGGAGUCCACCUUCGCGGUGAAAGGCAAGGAGGGCGUGGAGGACGCGGCCUUGCCGGAGCUGUAUUUCGAAUGGUCCAUGACGAACCCCAUCAGCAACGUGGUGACGGGCCAUUUGGCCGAGUCGUGCAUGGUGCAGAGUCAGAAGCUCAAGGUCUUGCUGUAUGCAUCGCUCUACUCCAUCGAUGCUGUGAUGAUGCAGCUGAAGUGGGACUUUCUGAUGGCAGGUGUGAUGCCCACCACCCUGCUGUGUGGCUGCGUGUCUUGGAUCAUUUCCAGCUCCCGGCGACGACGGCAGUUGGAAUCCAGGAGGAAGAUGGUGCGCGCUUUAGCCGAGCUGGACCGCUUCUUGAAUCGGAACAUGGCCUUCCUCUCGCCACGGCGGGUGAACGAACUUCCGCAGAUGGAAGGCGCGGUGGGCACGGUGCCUUUAAAGUCGCUCCUCUCCCAGGCCCUAGGCUUGGACGAGGACCCGGAGCUGCCCAGCAACGGCUUGGCCAGUGGACUGGACUCCAGCAUCGAUCUGGAUAAGGUGGGUGCCGCGCUGUGUCACCUGGACACCUUGUGUCGCAUGGCCUCACGCAUUCGCCUGGAGGAGAGUCCAGUCGUCCUUGUCUGCCAGGGUUGGUCCGGUCUGUGAGGUGUGCGGGAUGCGGUGUGAGGGUUCGGUUUUAACUGCAGAGUUCGGGAGGAUGGUCAAUUAGUUGUAUAUAGACCUGAUAAUUCAGAUGCAUUCAUGGCCAUCCCAGUUGAAUGAAUCUACUGUAGCCCCCCCCAGAAUUGGAUGGAAAUUCGACAGUGCCUUUGCGAUCAGGCUGUUUCGCAGGGACACCUGGCACCACAUGGUACCAGGAAACUCUGCACAAACAGCAGCUAGAUCAUCUAUAUAUAUAGAUCUAAGCAUUCGUUAAGUGUGGCGUGGGCAUGCGUUAUAGUCAAACGUCCGUUUGGUGGUCUUUGGGGGGAAGGGCCUUCUGGUAGGAUUGAAAGGUCUCAACAAAGCACCCAUGCUUGCUGAGUCUCAGACAACCCUUGCUAAUAAUUGGAGUGUUUUGGGGUUCUGGAACUUGUAACUUGUCCAGCAUCCAACCAAUUCCAACCAUCAUACACAAUGUCACAAGCUUAAACAACUUCCGCCAGCACCGUCUUCACCACGCCCGCCACGUCCAGCCUUCGCGCGCCCCAUCCUUUUGGUGGGGAAACGUGUCGCCCCGCCCACGGUCUUUGGACCCAGCAGGACGCCGACUGGCGGGCCUUUCGGCGGGACAUCCUGGACCUGACCUCGCCCGAGCUCUCGGUGGCGGAGAAGCUGCAUGUGAUCGCCACGAUGAGACAUACCUACCACGUCUUCGACUUGCGGCUCUGAUGUGACGAGCGGGUGAAGAAAGCGAAAGACAUGCGACGGCGCACGACACCACGUACCGCUGGAUGAGAUGAAUUUGCCCUUACCUCCCAGGGGGCUCUCCCUGGACAGCCCGGCGACGAAGGCUGCCGGGGCACAUGUGGAUUACACAAGAUCAAAGACAGGGAUGAGUCCGGGAUGAGUGCUUUUCACAAGGAAAUCCAUUCGAAGAAUCCAGAAAAGGCUCUCAUACAAAGGGAUGAGGGAUGUUUACUGUUUACUCGUUUGAUCGUAGCAACAUAGGCUACAAAAAUUGAGGCGGGUCAUGGUGAGGAAAUCAUGGAGUCGCCCGAGUUGCUGGAGAGAAUGCUCACCAUGACGCACAUGGACAUUCAGCUCUAUGCGGUGGCCCUGCACUCUUUCGAGCAAGAUGGUGUGCAGAUGCCCCUGAGAAGACAGGUGUGCAGAUGGUGUGCAAAGGCAGCUUUGAGAAUCUUUGGGCAAAAGUCCACCAGAUGCAUCAGCAGAUUGGCAUGCCCUUAGUCGUAGCCUAGACACAGUUCGUGAUGGAGGCCUCCGAUUGACUCGGCAUGUCUUCAAACCAAAAGCCGCAUGGCUGGGUAUAUGGUGGUCAUGGUCGUUGCCGGUGCUCAUGGACCUUUUGAAGGAGCCCGGAUCGCCGUUGCAGCCGUCAAAGCAGAUCCGGAUCAGGAUGAAGAACGGGAGGAUGGAAGGACUGAAGAUUUGUGAAGUUCCAUUUGAGUGUAGUGCUCGAACUUCUGUCUCUAAAGAACGGAGACAUACCGUUCAGGUCGGUCAGCUGUUUCUGUGAAUGGGAGGAGGAAAAUCGGCAUUGUGGUCCUGUCUAAAGUCGCUCUUCGACAUUUGGAUGGGAUUUCACCUGAGAUGAUGGCAAUAUGUAAACGUGUCAACAUGCUUGAAAUUUGGAUGGGAAGGUGGAAAUUAAGUAUGGUCAGCGUUGAACUGGGUCAAGAGCCCCUCGGUGGAUCAUCGUAGACAGCCCUUCAAAAAAAAAGACAAAGUCGCUGCGCCUUUUGGUCGAAAAAAGGGUCCGAUUUGGGGAAUGAUGUUGGGAAG